AACUAUAGUUAGUAAUUUAAUUAACCAGAGUUAACUUAUUAAUAGUAACUUUUAUUUCUUUCCUUUGGUUUUCUUUUGAAAGCUGAGGUGGCGUUCUUUUCUCUUUUCAGUUAAAUUUCUGAAAGCACGUCAUUUCCAUUUCUUCUUCUUCUUCUUGUUCUUCUUCUUCGUUCCUUUCUUCGAAUCUUCGUGAACCACUCACACAUUGCAAAUGCCUCAGCCAUUGUAGCUUAUUGGAGAUGCUAUCGAACUUCCCAAGCUUCUACUUCACUCUCAUCACGUUACAUAUUCAUUCCAGAGUAAAAAGAAGAGUGCAGGGUCAUCAGUGUAUGGGGAUUUGAGUUGAUUAUGGGGAUGGGGAUUUGGAGAAAGAUGAAUUUGGAGCUACCAAGAUGAAUGACCUCAUCAAUCAAUUGUGGUUAUUGUGAAGAAAAAAAUUGGGAAGUCAUUGAUGGAAAAUAGGGUCUGCACUUUCCUUGGUCGACCCAUGCGGCGUAAAUUUCCAACCACUCAUGAUUUACCAAAAGGAUGUGGACAAUUUGCUUCAAGGUUCAAGCUGGAUAUUACUGAUUCUGAUUGUGCUAAUAAUACAAUUGUUGAGUAUAAGAAUGGUGAACAUUUAGAGGGUGGCACUGACAUAAUUUCUAAGUGUGAAAAAGACACUCAACAUUCUGAGUUAAAAAAUGACACGUUUCUCACUGAGAAGGAAAAUCCUGUGGUCUCAUCUCUUCAGCUGGAUGAGCCUACUUUAUCAACUGAUGAUCUGGCAAACACGCCAUUGGCGGGCAUUGAAACUUCGGCUACAAAGUUUGCAAGAACAGAAAAAUCUGUACAACAUGAUUCCACAGUGGGUGAGUUUGCUCCACAUAAAGUUUCAGCCAUUCGUGAUUUACCAAAAGGAUGUGGACGAUUUGCUUCAUGGGCUGAUUCUGAUUGUGCUAAUAAAAGGGCUGAAGGUAGUUUACCAAACGGACGUGGUCAACAGGCUUUGACUGUAAAUGACAACAAGAGAAAGCAUGUGGACAUUGUUCAAGCAGAUUCUGAAGGCAAUGCUAAUUUGCCAUCAGAAAACAAAAGAGUAAAGUACAUUGCACUUCCUGAGAAAAGUAAUCAUCAUCAGGUUUCAACAAAGACCAAGGCCACAGUUGUUCAGGAGGAAAGUAGGGAUGCUGGUAAGGUUGAGAGAACAUCAGGGCUAGUUCACCCAAAAGUCCAAAGACUAGUUCAGCCUUGGGAUAUGCCUACUGUGCAGCAUAAGUUGAAAGGAGAUUAUAAUAGAUUGCCAAUCUCAUCCGACAGGAAAGAAGUGCCAGGCUUGACGGAUAUAUCAGAAUGUCUGUGGAGGUCUGAUGAAUGUUCCUCCAAAUCUAAUUUGUUUGGUGGUACAAAUGAAAGCAAGGGAAGGAAAGCUGAUUUUUUUGCACAGCUUGACAGGUCUAAAGCUAUUGUCAAGGCGCAAAAUGCCCUGAAUCAUUCUGUGCAGAAGCCAUUGAAACAGAAAAUGGGAAGUGCCCCUUCUAAUGAUAGGGGUCAAAUUCUAUUUUGGGGAAAGAAGGAUUCUCUUCACCCUAAUAAAAAUAACAACUUCCAAAUUGUCCCAAAAUCACAUAACAAUUUGAAUGGUCAUGAGAAUGUGGCACGGAGUAAAGUGAGGGAAACAAUGCGCUUGUUUCAAGAUCUUACUAGAAAGCUUUUGCAAGAAGUCGAAGCAAAGCCAAAUGGUCGAGCUAGGGUUGAUUUACAAGCAGCGAAGAUCCUAAAGGAGAAAGGGAAAUAUGUCAACACAGGCAAGCAGAUCUUGGGAUCUGUCCCCGGGGUUGAAGUUGGGGAUAAAUUUCAAUACAGGGUGGAGCUUAAUAUAAUUGGCCUUCAUCGCCAGAUUCAAGGUGGUAUAGAUUAUGUGAAGCACAAUGGCAAGGUACUUGCAACGUCUAUUGUUGCAUCUGGGGGUUAUGCUGAUGAUAUGAAUGAUUCAGAUGUUUUGAUAUAUACAGGGUCGGGUGGAAAUGUGAUGAGCAAUGAUAAGGAACCUGAAGAUCAGAAGCUCGAGCGGGGAAAUCUUGCUUUGAAGAAUAGUAGUGACAAACAGAAUCCCGUUAGGGUGAUACGUGGCUCAGAAUCAGCGGAUAAAAGAUACAAGACAUAUGUUUAUGAUGGAUUGUAUAAAGUUGAGUCAUACUGGCAGGAUAAGGGGUCACAUGGGAAGCUUGUUUACAGGUUUUGCCUGAAAAGAAUCCCUGGUCAACCAGCGAUUGCUUUGAAGAGAAGAUAAGGGAAUUAUGCACUUGUACAAUGCCAAUAGCUAAUCCAUCCCUGACUUUUGAAAGGAUUUUACAAAGUUUUCAUUUCCACUACAAUUUAAUUCAUCAGUAAUCUUAGACAAGCGUUGUAAUUCCUCUCUCAGACAUGUCUUACUCCCUUGCUUUCUGGCUGAUGAAAAUUAAUACUCGUGCCUCUUCAUUGUAUAUUUUCAAGCUUUCUCAACUUGAAACUAUUGUUUUUUGUUCACAAUGCUGAUCACCUUGAUAGAACUAAUCCUGCAACUUGAGCCUUUGAAAUUUUCAUUGUUUUUCUGAUA